UUUUUACUCAUAAACAAACUUUUUUUGUUUAAUAUGUAAUAAAAUUCUGGAAUCGUCAUUUUUUUUAUUAAUUUUAUGUAUACUUUCAUCUAUUUAUGUUCAAGAAUUUAUUUAAAAAAUCUAUUUAAAAUAUGAAAGAAUUUACUAACUUUUCUGCUUUAGUACAAAAUGCAUUUUUUUUCAAAAUAACUCAACUAGUUGGUGUUUCCAUUGCAUCAUAUGCUUUGAGUGAAGCUUAUGGAUUUGUAAAAGGAUAUUUGUGGCGAAAUUAUGUAACUGAGUUGGAAGUAGCCAACUCGGAUCAAUGCUAUUAUUGGUUGUUACAAUGGCUAGCUGACAAUAACAAUUUAUUUCACUUUAGUGUUACUACUAAACCAUCAACAGAUGAUAGCUCAUUUGGUAACAAGCGUUUAUAUGUAUAUGAACCAAGCUCUGGUGAACAUGUUAUCAAAUAUAAGGGUCAUUCAAUUUCAUUAAACCGUACUCGUUCAGCUAAAAGUUCUAAUUCAUAUGAGUCAACAUAUGAAACAAUACAAAUUACUGUUUGGGGAAAAAAAAAAGAAAUACUUAAUGAAAUGCUAAAUGAAGCUAUGAAAUAUGCUAUGUCUCAAUUAGAAACUGGCACAACAAUUUUUGUGCCUUCUUAUGACAUGUGGCAAAGUUUUGGAGAACCUCGUAUCCCUCGAUCAAAAUUAUCAAUAAUUCUUGAUGAUGGGGUGUAUGAUGGAAUUAUGAAUGAUAUUCAAAACUUUCACAAUGGAAAAUCAUGGUAUCAAGACAGAGGAAUACCUUACCGUAGAGGAUAUUUAUUAUAUGGACCACCAGGUUGUGGAAAAUCUUCUUUAAUAACUGCAUUAGCUGGUGAACUGAAUUACAACAUAUGCGUUCUUAGUUUAAAUGAUACAAAAAUGUCAGAUGAACAGUUACUUCAUCUAAUGGCUUCAGUACCUUCUCAAUCAUUAGUUUUAUUGGAAGAUGUGGACUCAAUGUUUAGUGACAAAGAAGGAACUACUGUUAUAGAGGGUAAUAAGGUCACAUUAAGUGGUUUACUGAAUGCUUUUGAUGGAAUUGUAUCUUCUGAAGGCCGAAUACUAUUUAUGACCACAAACUACAUAGAAAGAUUGGACCCUGCCUUAAUUCGCCCAGGUCGUGUUGAUUAUAAGCUACAUAUUGGACCAUGUACAGAUUAUCAGUUAAAAGGAAUAUUUGAUUGGUUUCGUCCUGAUGAUGGCAACCAAAACAAAAAAAAGUUUGUUUCAGAAAUAAAACAUAAAAAUAAACCCAUUACACCAGCUCAGCUUCAAGGAUAUUUUUUACGUUACCGAGAUGAUGAUAUAACUGAAAUUUUAAAUAAUUUAAAUAACUUAUGGGAAGAAGAUCAAAACAUUCAAUCAACAAAAUAACAACAAUUUAAUAAUAUUAAUUAAAAUAAAAAUAAAAAGAUAUUAUUAUAUACACAAAAAUGUUUCUAUAUAUACACAUAUGUAUGUAUAAAUAAAAUACUAAGUACAUAAAACCAA